CCCCACCCCCUCUUUGUUGUUUCUCUCCUCCAGUCUCAGCUCUGCUCUGCACGCACAACACAUUCACUGGAAUCAGCGCGCUCGCAGUAGUCCGUGCGUCCCUUCCCCCCGCGGCCUGGCUGCUGAUGAGAUGAGUGGAAGAUGUCGGUGUCGGGGCUGAAGGCCGAACUAAAGUUCCUGGAGUCAAUCUUUGACCCAAACCAUGAGCGAUUCCGUAUAAUCGACUGGAAGCCGGAUGAGCUAAGCUGCCAGUUUAACGUGACGGGAGAAAAGCUACUGAUUAUUCACUGCAAUAUUACGGAGUCUUACCCUUCAACCCCGCCAAUAUGGUUCGUUGACUCGGAGGACCCAAGUUUGACCGAAGUACUUGAACGACUAGACGACGUUAGAAAAGGCAAUACUUUGCUCCUCCAGCAGCUGAAAAGGCUGAUCUGUGAUUUAUGUCGACUCUAUAACUUGCCCCAGCACCCUGAUGUGGAGAUGCUGGACCAGCCACUUCCUGCUGGACCCAUUAAUCAAGACAGGAAGCAUGGAACAACAGAUGAAGUGACAUCAGAAGAAGAGGAGGAAGAGGAAAUGGCAGAGCAGGAUAUAGAAGAUCUAGACCACUAUGAGAUGAAAGAGGAGGAACCGGUCGAUGGGAAAAAGUCAGAGGAUGAUGGCAUCGAGAAAGAGAAUUUGGCCAUUCUGGAGAAAAUCCGAAAGAACCAGAGGCAGGACCACUUGAACGUAAGUGUCCAUUCGGGUGCGGUUUCUGGUUCAGUUCAGGCCUCUGACCGUCUCAUGAAGGAACUCAGGGAGAUCUAUAGAUCACAGAGUUACAAGACAGGUAUAUAUUCAGUGGAGUUAGUCAAUGAUAGCCUGUAUGAGUGGCACGUCAAGUUAAGGACGGUCGACCCAGACAGUCCAUUGCACAGUGACUUGCAGGUUUUGAAGGAAAAAGAAGGCAUGGACUACAUUUUGCUUAAUUUUUCUUAUAAGGAUAACUUUCCUUUUGAUCCUCCCUUUGUGCGGGUUGUGUCUCCUGUCCUGUCUGGAGGCUAUGUUCUUGGAGGAGGAGCCUUGUGUAUGGAACUACUUACCAAACAGGGCUGGAGCAGUGCCUACUCAAUAGAGUCAGUCAUCAUGCAGAUCAAUGCCACAUUAGUCAAAGGGAAAGCAAGAGUGCAAUUUGGAGCAAAUAAGAAUCAAUACAAUCUUGCCAGAGCACAACAGUCAUACAAAUCAUUGGUUCAGAUCCAUGAAAAGAAUGGCUGGUACACACCCCCGAAAGAAGAUGGCUAGGAGAAGCAUUGAUCUGCUUACACACUGCAAACAUGGGAUGUCUGGUCAAACCUUUGCUUUACUUUACUAAUGUUAUUCACCUCUUCAUCUUGAGUAUGAUGCCCCUUUGUGUAAUUGGAAACCAUCAGCGGGGGAAACAUGACUCGGUCACACCUCGUUAACAUGACUUUUGGAUUUCUCUCUGUUUCUCAUGCUCUUUCAUCUCUUUUUUUUUUUUUGUCUCAUUUAUGUUCUCUCAUACUGAUGGGACGUUCAGAGCCGUGGUACUAAUUAGGCAUCUAACAUGGAGUUUUGAAAUGGCUUCAGAUGUUCUGAUCAGAGUAAGAUGUUUUUUAUUUAAAAUGUUUUUGCUUCCUCAUCCUCCUCUUACUCUUUGGAGCAUGGCUCUGUUCAGGAUAAAAACAUGGAUGGGGACACGAUGAAGAUGCUGGAUCAGAUCCUCUCUGUCUGCUUUUAAAGGACGUUUUUAAUGGACAUGCCGUUUAGACUAAGGUGGUGGUUUACUGAAACUUAAAACAGGAAAUGGAUGCAACUAGAGACAAUGUGAAGGCAAUGUGCCACUUCUCUUGUAUCUAUAGAGACUCUUUCCUCAUGAAUUCUGAGUUAACAUAUACUGGUACAUUUAAAGCUGAUGUUGUUGAAGAAUUGUUUCUUGCCAUCAUUCUAUGCGCAAGCUUCCAAGCAACCCUAAUGUUGAUGGUGACUGCGAGGAAGAGAAAAGGGGCAGUUAUACGAAUCUAGCUCCUUUUGAUUUUCCACGAAGGAUGAUUUCCACCCAGUUCCCUUAUGCUUGCAUUUAGCAUGUGGCUGAUCUGACCAGUAAUGGACAAAUGCAAACUUUGGCUAUAAAAAGGGUGAAGCAGGACUUGCCGUUGCUCCAUAGUUGAACAAAGCUCCACUUGUAUACUUGUAAAUGGAUUUGAGGCGUCUUAAAUGUGGUGUUUAUGUGAAGUGGGGGAAUUAUCAAUUGUUUUACAGGAGGACUCAGAUUUUGGGACUUAAAAUGGGAAAAAUGUAGAUGUCUAAAAAACAAUACUCAAACAAGAUCAUAUCUUAAAAAUGUUAUUUAUACAAGUGAUAUAAAUCUAACUUUUCUUUCCCCACCCACAGUUUUGUCACGUCCUUGCCUAUUUGAAAGAUGUUCAUGAUUUCUGCUCUAUUAAAGAACAGCUGUUACAGAUUUGAGACAUUUAAGGUUUACUUUACAAAUGGAUCUCUCGUUAUCAGCUGUACUUCAUACUGCUUUCUGCAGUUUGUUGGUACCAUCAGUUUCCUUUUUGUGAGCAUUGAUGGAUUAAAAUCAAGAAUGCAAAUAAUUCUGUUCUCGUAGCACAACCCUACAAGAGCACUGUUACUGUCCAUACCAAGGAAUCUCAUAAUGGCAUUGUGUUUAAUAUACCUCCAGGAUAUGAUUGUCCAGUAUAGAGUCUUAAGAAUUGUCAAUGUUUCAAUGUUUAGAAUCAAAAUACAUCAUACCUUCUGAUUGCUUUGUCCCCCGCAACUUUGUGUUGCAGUGUAUUAUAAAAGUGAAUUUUCAGCUCUGAUGGCUGUCAAAGCUUGCAGUUUCUUACCAUUUUCAAUGAAAACUCAGGAAAAUCCAUUCUGUUCUACAAAUAUAUUCUGCUCAUUUGUAUUUAUCUGUCCACUUGAAGAAUAGAACUUUGCUCUAGCUCCAUUAAAGUAGUAUUUAACAGCUUUCGCUUGCCACAGUUUAGCCUGUUUCCAUUGCGAUAAGAAAUGUUAAGUGCCAAUGGCAAUUGGAUUACUCUGACAAUAUCAUUGAAUCAGAAAUGCCCUAUUACCCUAUUCUUAUGUUUAUUGAAUCUUUGUUCUUGGUCAAAUGUAGUCACAUAAACACAGUUUAUUUUACCCUUUUAAAUAGAAACCCUCCCAGUUGUAAAUAUUGUGGGACAUUUUGGUUCAGUAUUUGCACAGAAUGUUGUGAUUGUGCCUCUUGAAUCUGCACAGAGUUUAAGAGGGUCUUGUUAAAACUUCUGAAAGACCAGCAUCCUCACAUAACAGAGGCUCUUGGAUACAUAGCUUAUAUCUUUAACAUGGAUGCAAAUGUAAUCUUUUACUACAAUCACAUGUAAAUGUAAUUAAAGAGAGCCAAUGCAGAAGGAAUAUCUUGGAAAAACGAAGUGUCUACUUUGCAAGUUCAUGCUGCUGUCCUGUUUUAAGAGUUAAGUGCUCAGUCUUUGUUUCAUCAGUGAGGUACAAUUAAAGGCAAACCUCUUCAAUAGAUGUUCUUUUUUUAAAUAGAUUUGUCAUCUCAGAAUUCAUUAUAUUUGCGUUCUCAAAAGUGAAUGAACCUGGUUUGUCCGCAUUGACCUUGGUUUCCGUGACUGAUAUUCUUUAGUCCGUUUCCGUGUCUGAACCUAAUGACAUUUUUUUUGUGUUUUUCACAUUGAACACGAAGCUCACAGAAACAAAUAACAGAACUUGUUACUGGUGCCAUCUCAUUACUUAAUGGUUCUUGAAGCUCACUGUUGGCAUGCUUUCUGUGGUUUUUGAUAGGAUUUUUUUUCCCAUUGCAAGAGAAUUUUGACCAUGUACAGUAUAUUUGUAAACUUGCAUCAAGUUUAUGAAUAAAGAAUUUUAUGAGGAA